GUAUUCAAGACCCACCUGGACACUUUCCUGUGCAACCUGCUGUUCAGAACCUGCUUUAGCUAGGACUUGGACUAGAUGAUCUCCAGGGAUGCCUUCAAACCCCUAUGAUUCUGUUACUGAGAUUGUCCUGUGUCACAGGGACCUGUAGUAGUGUCACCUGUAGUGCACGGAGUUCAGAGUCUGGCUGGAGAUGAGUGGGAGGCAGGAAAGAAGCAGAGGGAGAGGUCAGCAUGCCAGCAGCUCUGUGUUUCCCUCUAGAUUUGGAUGACAUAGAAAAUGGAAGCGUUUAGCAUCUGAGAGCUUAUCAUGGGCACCAAGCAUACUUGAUUACAUACCUCAAUGUUAUGUUAGAGACUUCAACUCGCUCAUUUUGGCAGCCUGUUUCUGAGGCAGUCAUGAGGUCAUUCAUCGGGUUCUCUGCCACUGGUUCUGUGAGAUUCUUUCCCAGCGUCUCUCAUAGAGCCUGGGAACUGAGUGACACAGUGUUUUGGUGGUGUUGUGUAAUAAUUUAAUGUACCUGCAUGUCACUUAAAGUGAUGGUGGUUUUCUAUGAGUAGCUCACACAAACAUUUACUGAAGCUCUGUAGAGCUCAGUGGAAUUCCCCUCAUCCUACACAACCCCAUUGCUUUGUUCUGGUUAAUUUUGCAGCUCAGCUAUUCCUUCAUAUCUGAGAGAUGCUGUUCACCUCACAAGGUUCUAGGUUCUAGCUCACCCCAGGAGCUAACAGCUGCUCUGCUGGAGGACGGAACUGAAGAACGGCAGGUGCUGGUACUGCUGGAUGCCUGGUAUCCCAGUAAAACACACUGUACCUGAUGUUGUACAAGAGUGUAGUUUUCCUUCUUUUUUUAGAGUAACUUUUUUUUUUUUUUCCAAAUGUUUAUUGAUUCUGAGGAACAUUCCUUAUUUUUUUUGAAGUUACUUAAGGUAAGGAUCCUUAGCUUCUGGUCGGGGAUGCCAGCCCUAGUAUCACUUUCUCCAUGCACGUCAGUAGGUACCACUCGUUCAACCAGUUACUCCAGUACAAAGAGGAUAAAGCAAAGAAUAUUCCUGUUAUGUUGAUUCAAUGAGGUCAUGGAAAGAAGGAUAUUUAUGGUUACUACUUAACAUCCUGUUUUUUUUUCCUUGGCUUCUGGCACUGUAUAAAAAGAAAAAAAAAUUUCUUAUCAGUUGCGUUACAUAUUAUGUUAAAUAAAUGUACAAUCUAAAUACUUACAGAUAGCUCUUUUGAUUUACCAUUACAUUUAGGCAAAUGUGACUUGGGGAGUUACUUGUUUAAAGCUAGUCUGAAAACUUCAUGAUAUUAUGCAAAUGAGGCAAAACUUCUGCAUAGAUUCUGCAGUCAUGUUUACUGGAUUUUUCUAUUCAGUUUUGUCCUUUGGGGGAAUUUGGAAAAGAGAAGAGCUUAUCGCAGGAACUGCAGUAACGGAUCAGGCCUUUGUGACCCUUGCUACUGACGAUGUGUAUUGCCAAGGAGCUCUGGUUCUUGGACAGUCAUUGAGGAACCAUACGACAUCUAGAAAACUGGCAGUGCUGAUUACACCAGAGGUUUCCAGUGGAAUGAGGUCUGUCCUGCGCAGCGUGUUUGAUGAAGUCACUGAGGUGGAUGCACUUGACAGUGCUGACUCGGUCCAUUUGGCUCUGUUGCAGAGGCCAGAGCUGGGUGUAACCUUCACUAAGCUUCACUGCUGGACCCUUACUCAUUAUAGCAAAUGUGUCUUCAUGGAUGCAGACACCUUGGUGCUUUGCAAUGUUGAUGAAUUGUUUGAUCGAGAAGAGUUUUCAGCAGCUCCUGAUUCUGGCUGGCCCGACUGCUUUAAUAGUGGUGUAUUUGUGUUCCGACCUUCUUUAAAAACUUACAACCUGCUGCUCCAGUUUGCUGCUGAACAUGGCAGCUUUGAUGGGGGUGAUCAAGGCUUGCUGAAUAGCUUCUUCAGCAACUGGGCAACAGCAGAUAUUGGCAAACACUUACCGUUCAUCUAUAACUUAAGCAGUAGUGCGGUAUACACCUACGUUCCUGCUUUCAAUCAUUUUGGUAGAGAUACCAAAGUUGUUCACUUCCUGGGAGCAACAAAGCCCUGGAACUACAAGUACAACCUUCAAACAAAGAGAGUGAUGCAUGAUGGCACCACCUCUGGAUCUUUCCAUCAGCUGUCAUUUCUUGCCCUCUGGUGGAACAUAUACAGUGCCAGUAUUUUGCCUUUGUUAGAAAAAUUUCAAAAGAUGGAAGAAUCAGAAUCUGAGGAAUGGAAGCAUACUUUCAAUGGAGUUGAAAUCACACUGAAAAAGGUUGAUCCUUCUGUGGCCAAUUCUCUGCAAAUGCCGGUACUUCCAGAGCAGGCAUAUGAAGCACAUCCCACAGCAUGUUCAUCUGAGGAACUCAGUUUAAAAGAUCAGCCUGUGUAUGAAGUUGAACAACGUGGUUCUAGCGUUCAUCUCUCUGAGCCUGACAGACCUUCCAAACAACUUGCUUUUCAUCCUGCAUUUCAGGAAACCUCCAAACUGAAUGAGGUUGCAUCUUCUGUUUCAGAGCUCUCUAUUCACCUCAAACCAGAAGAACCAAAUCCAGAAGAUGAACGGAGAAAAUGGGAGGAAGGGUGUAUGGACUAUAUGGGAAAAGAUGCUUUUGAACAUAUCAAAAAGAAGUUGGACACAUUUUUACUCUAAGAUGAAGUGAAAUGUAAUGACUAUCAUGAUAUUUCUUCUGUAAAUAGAACCUCGAAUAUUUGGAUAUCUUCCUAGUUUAUUUGACACCAAAGUUGAUGGAAGACUAACAGAGAUAGACUCUUGUUUUGCUGUUGUUUUUUUUUUUUUAAUGGUUAUGUGUGCCUCAACUUCAUUGGUCUCUCUUAGUGCCUUCUGAGGUAUAAUGAAUGAUACUUUCUGAGUUUGAAACUCUCGUGUUUAUCUCUUUUCCCUACUGUUCUGUGUAAGUACUGCACGGGAACACUCAUAAGUGAAGUAUGUUGAAAGCUGAGAUUAUUUUUACAGUACUCUUACCUCUUACAAGAGGCUGCAAAAACUUUUUAAAUUAAAACUUUUUUUUUUUGAAACCAAGUUAAUGAUUCCAAGGGCAACCGUGGUGUAGACUUCAAUGUGAGAGAAAAGUGAGAUGAAAUCCUGGCCUCAUAUGAGUCUGUGACAAAACCUUUUAAUUUACGUACAAUUAGGUAUAGAGUAAAUCAGGACUUUGAGAUCACUAUUGGACACUUCCUGUUUUACACAGAAACUGCUCAAGUAGCAGUGUGAUGAAAAAAUGUCUUAAGGUAGCCUUAAGACAGACUGAAAACGUAUAUUAACCUUUUAUAUUGUUGCUAGAGGAUGCAGUUUGUGUGUGGUUUUUUUUAACAUAUGUUAGCUUUUACUUCCAUAUUGAGAGUUGCGUAGUUAGAGGAAGAAAUGCUGACUGACGCUAUGGUAUAAACUUUCUGGUGCUUUAUAUUAAUUUGUUUACAGUACUCCGACUGCAGUUGACAAAGGCAUUCUUCUCAUUUAGUAUGGUUGCUCCAGUUUGAGUGCAACUGAAAACACAAUUAGUACUUGUUUUAGUAAACAGGCCAUUUAAAGAUCUUUUAAACAGCUGUGUGCGGGAUCUAAUAAAUCGGAGUGUAGUUUCAGAUAAAUCUAUUGAUGAGAGUCCAUUAUAUUAAGUGUACUUAGAAGGAUUGCUUUAUGAAUUUUGAGUAUUUAAAUAUGAGUGAUCUUGGCAAGUUCGUUGAAACAAACAAGAAAAAAAGAAACACUUUGAAAGAAAGAAGCUUGAUAGGCAUGCUAAUAUAGUAACAGAUUUGAUACAGUUACGCAUAAUGCUGCUGAGUAUUAGAAUGAGAAUUCUGCAGUGCUGAUGCAGGAUCUGAAAUGUGUUCCAACCUUGAUUUGUCACAAUUUUGGUACAGAUAAAUUGAAUGAAUAACUUGGGAAUUCUGUUUAACAACCAGUGGUGUAAUGUUAAGCAUCGGAGGGAUUGCUGUAGAUGUUAAUGAAGAAGAAGGUGGGGUAGGAGAGAAGGAAUCUUUUUCUUUCUCCAUCGAAAAAAGUUGAAAAGAAGAGGAAUGACUUGUACAAAUGAGUAAAGGAACAAAAGAGUCAGAAGGUCCCUUGAAGGCAGAAGAGUGAUCUUUGAGUUUUUUAAACUUACUUCCUACUGUUUAUGAUGGUGGCGUUACUUUACUUCUGGGGGCUAUUUCUGACUUGUCAAAUCCUUUAUUUCUCAUUUAUUCUGAGUACUCCUAAGGUAGGAACUGUGGGUCUCUCUCUUUGGUUGGUCUCUUGAAGUUGAGCUUCUAGUUUAAGGUAGGUGUUUAAGGUCUCUGAAGUUGAAGAGAGAGAUGUCCAGAAAAUGAUUCAUCUCAAUUUCUCCAUUGAUCAUAAAGAGACCCAUGAUAAAUUGCAUUCCUUUAGCAGGCAACCUUUAUAUGGGAACACAGGUAGGCGCUUUCUGCAUCUUGUUUUUUAUGUCCCAGCACAGCACUACGUGGAGGUUAUACUAGCUGCAGUGUAGUGGCAUUUGAUCUGCUAAUUAUCUGUUUCUUACUGAAGUAACUUGUGCACUUCUGAGAAAAUCUUCCGUUUUAUAAGAAUUGUUGCUAAUAUAAUUGAAACAGUUUCUGAAAACUGUAUACAGCAGUAGGCAACCAUGUGAACUCAUGCUUCAUGCAGCUGUGAUUCUGCAGUAACUACUAGAUCCUACUGGGUACAUUAAUAUAGAUUAUGGGAAAAAUUACUGAUGUGAAAUCUAUAAUUGAAAAGUUUUAAAACAGACAUAUGACUGUAGUAAAAGGAGCUGUUAUGGAACACAUUUGAAAGUGUUAAGAUGUAGAAUGGUAUUGUGUGUGGAUUAUGCGGUGUUUUGCAAAGAAAUGUAGCAGACUAAUGUCAUGGAAAUAAAGUAGAAAUGGAAAGGAUAUACGAAGUCAUGCUCAUCGUGCUUUAGGAGGAAGUUUUUCACUCAGAGGGUGGUGACGCACUGGAACAGGUUGCCCAAGGAGGUUGUGGAUGCCCUGUCCCUGGAGGUAUUCAAGGCCAGGCUGGAUGUGGCUCUGGGCAGCCUGGUCUAGUGGUUGGUGACCCUGCACACAGCAGGGGGGUUGAAACUCAAUGAUCUUUGAGGUCCUUUUCAACCCAGGCCAUUCUGUGAUGAUGAUGAUUCAUCAAAUGAUGCAUGGUUACAGAUCAUGUUGUGCCAGGGAGCACCAUUUGUGGCUGAUUGGUUACUUUAAUGUGUUUUUUUUUCUUUCCAUUUUAUUAAAUGCCUUGUCAGACAUUCGCACCGCCAGCUGAACAGAAUUAGAGGUAUACAUUACAAUUCUACAGACAUACAUAAUAGAAGCAUUAGAAUCUUUCUAGAAUUAGCACAAAAGUAGUUGAGUUACUGUGUUUCCCAGAAAAAUACAACUGUGCUUAAAAACCUUGCCCAAGGUUUUGUGCGUUGUCUUCAUUCAAGAAAUCUUGAAAUAUUUACAAAUAAUGGUGUAUCUUAGUGGAUUCUUGCACAGCAAUGCCACCAGAGAGUGAGGAGGGACGAACUUUUCAGUUUAUCCAGAAUUUGCAUGUGCUGUACUUUGGGCAGCUUCCUUUGAUCUCUGUGGAUGUCAUUCCACAACUGUGAGACCACAAACAGGUUUGGAGAGUGUCAUGGGCAGCACAUUACAAAAUCUGUGGAUCGUGGCGAAGUCAAAACGUGACUUGGAAGUUUAAACUAAGCCUCACUCAGAAUUUCUUCCACAUUCAAGUUUGGGCAGAUGCAGGUACUUCUAGGGUAAAGAAAUUUAAGAAAAACUUUCUGGUGGCACCACUGGUCCCUGAAGAAGAAGAAUUUGUCAGGCCCUGGUGACCCAAGUAGCAGCUGUAAGGGUUUUGAAAGGCCAAACUCUGACCUGUUGUAUUGUGGGAGACUUAAAGUGGGCAGCUUGAGAUAAAAUCAAAAUUUGCUUAUUCUCCUUUCUUCUGUCCUGGGCUUAAUUAUUUACAGCAAGCCUUAAAAGGUAGUUUGAUUUGCAAAAUUAUUGGGUGCUCUUCAUAUCAUAAACAGGAGAUAGCGUGGGUGAGCCACAAGGAAAAUUCUUGAAAAGCUUAGACGAGUGGGUUAAUGCCCUUUCCAAGCCUACUGGAAAAGGAGGUGGUUGUUGUAAUGUCCCUACUUACUUGCAUGGUGUCUUGUGAGGACAUUUCCACUUUGGUUGUUCUUUUUCUUUGUCCCUCUAGCUCAGUCAGCUCACAUGAGUUAUGUCUCAUAAGGCUGAUAUUUGGGAAAAAAAACACACACUUCACUUUUCUGCAGUGAUUUUCCUGUCUGUGAAUGUGAGACUGGCCUAGUAGCAGCUGGCUUUAUACAUCUGCAUGCUUCUGAAAAUCUCUACUUGUUCAACAGAAACAAGUCUGCCUAUUUAUUCCUUGAUAAAUUCUGUUGUUUCGCUAAGCUAAACCGUUUUGAUUCAUCUGGUUUUGAAAAUAACAUGAGAUGGGCCUGUUCUCUUAAUUUAUACCUCUAAUAAUAUUAUCAUUGUGUGAAAGCAUUUAGCUCAGUCUGCAAGAAAAUGCUUAAUGUAUUUGUUAGUCUUUUUCCUUACAGUUUUAAUCACUGUGGAGUUCUAUUUCAGAGACUUGAUGAUUUUUAAAUCAGCCCUGUUAAUGAGAUAAGAAUUGACUGCUUGGCAUUUUAAUCAGGCUGCAGAAAUAGAUGCCAGUUAGUACUUGUCAUUGAAAUACCUUGCAUUUUCGGUGUAUGGCUAGCAAAGUGCUUCAGUUGAAAUUCUGUUCAUCCUGGCUGGCUCAUAAAUAAGUUUAUCUGGUGCUGGCAGUUAGAAAGGCCGACACCUAAGCAGUAUCUUACCUCCUGGUAUAAACUUUCCACUUGCAAUAGCUAUAGCAAAGGUAAUUAAAAAAAAUGUUUAAUUACAGUGAUAUAUAAUAGUAUGAAUACAGGGAAAAAAGCAGAGUUGCAAGCCUUAUCCUUACCUUUGCUUUGGGUGUUAUUAGGGCUCUUUAAAUCCCUAGAAAACAGAGGGAAAAAUGUAAUUCCAAGAGAGCCAGAUUUUGAUUUGUGGUUGUUUAAUUCCUAAUUAUUUUCCCACCCAGGAAUGAGAGAACUUUAACUGCCUUGGUAAGUGUUUGUUUCCUUUUAUGGGACUAUACAGGCUUCUGAGCCAUGAUACAUGUAGGUGGUUCUCCUUAGAUGUAUAAUAUCAGAAACAGGUGAUUAUUUAUUUUAGGCUUAAAGACCUAUGCUUUUUGAAAGCAUGCUCUUAUUAUUAAAUAUUUGGAACAAAA